AUGGAAAAUUCAGUUGAACAACGAGUUUGUUUGAAAUUUUGUGUUUUGAACGAAAUUUCAUGUGUUGAAGCAUUGAAAAUGGUGCAGAAAGCUUACGGGGACUCUUCUUUGUCUCGAAUACAGGCAUACGAGUGGUAUAAAUCAUUCAUUCGUUCUGGACGUCCAUCAACAUCAAAUACCGAAGAAAACGUGGCAAAAAUCAAGAAAAUUGUGUUGGAAGACCGUCGUAUGACUGAAAGGGAGAUUCCUCGUGACUUAAACAUCUCAAAUGGAUCCAUUCACCACCUUUUACAUGAUAUAUUGGGCAUGAGACGCGUUGCAGCUCGACUUGUAAAGAAACACCUUGAGUUUUUGCAAAAAGAAUACCAAAAGAACGUGUGUGAAGAAAUGAUUUUUGAGCAUGGAAACGACUCUACAUUCAUGAAACGCAUCAUAACAGGUGAUGAGACAUGGGUUUAUGAGUAUGACGUCGAAACCAGUCAACAAUCGAGCGAAUGGCGCUUCAAAAACGAGCCAAAACCCAAAAAACCGCGCAAAAGUCGCUCGAAAAUUAAAGUUAUGCUCACUGUUUUUUUCGACUACCGCGGUGUUGUUCAUUACGAAUUCUUGCUAGAGGGUCAUACCAUCAACAAAGAAUAUUACCUCGUUGUUAUGCGGCAUUUGCGUUAG